GCAGCGUACCGUGAAAUGUACCGGUGCCCCACCCGGUCCAAAACUCGAGCCUGUUACGUGCCCUGCAAGCUAUAUAAACUGGCGACCCAAUGUACCGCAGCAUCAGUCAAUCGACAGCCGAAGACAGAAAAUACAAUGUCGAAGGGAUUAACGAUAGCAGUUGCGUUAGCGGUGGUCGGUUGUAUUACGGCUUAUCCCCAGCACGGUGGUUACGGAGGCGGUUUCGGCGGAAGUUUAAGCGAUGGCGGAGCCUACGGAGGCGGCCACGACGCCGAAGGAGGUGGCGGCGGAUACCAGAGCGACCACGGACACGGACAUGGACACCACGUUGACUAUUUCGCCCCUGCUCAUUACGCCUUUGAAUACGACGUCCACGACCCCCACACCGGCGACGUGAAGAGCCAGCACGAGACGAGGAAAGGCGAUGAUGUCAAAGGGUUCUAUACUCUGAAAGAAGCCGACGGCACUGUCAGAGAAGUGCACUACACAGCUGAUAAACACAAUGGUUUCAACGCAGUCGUCAAAAGGACCGGACAUGCCGUCCAUCUUCAACAUUACGGUCACGGAGACGAACACUGAACACCUCCGUCUGUCCAACUACCCUCUAGUCCCAUUGCGGCUCUAACGGAUUUAUUGUUUCAUUAUUAGUUGUUGCAUUUUUAUUAUAUUUUAUCUUUUA